AUGGGGAGGAAGAACAAGAUUGAAGAUGAUUAUGUUACUGGGGUGAGGAUCGGGCAAGGAAAGUAUGGAUCUGUUUCGUUGUGUAGGUCUCUUGUUGGCGGCGCGGAGUAUGCGUGUAAGACUCUGAAGAAGGGGGAUGAGACUGUUUACAGGGAGGUGGAGAUAAUGCAGCACUUGUCUGGGCAUCCUGGGGUUGUGACUCUGCUGGCAGUGUAUGAGGAAGCUGAUUGCUCUCAUCUGGUGAUGGAAUUGUGCUCUGGGGGAAGACUUGUCGACCAGAUGUUUAGGGAGGGCCCUUGUUCUGAACAGCGGGCUGCUAAUAUACUUAAGGAAGUGAUGUUGGUCAUCAAGUAUUGUCAUGAUAUGGGAGUUGUGCACAGAGAUAUCAAGCCUGAGAAUAUUCUGCUUACUGCUUCGGGGGAAAUAAAGCUUGCUGAUUUUGGCCUGGCCAUGAGAAUUUCUAAGGGUCAGAACUUGACGGGUUUGGCUGGGAGCCCUGCAUAUGUUGCACCAGAAGUGUUGUUGGGUAGAUACUCAGAAAAGGCGGAUAUAUGGAGUGCUGGAGUGCUCCUGCAUGCUCUGUUGGUUGGUGUUCUUCCAUUUAAAGGGGAUUCACAAGAAGCAGUUUUUGAGGCUAUUAAGAAUUCCAAGCUAGAGUUCCAAACCGGGAUGUGGGAAUCAAUAUCUAAACCUGCACGAGAUCUUGUUGGGAGAAUGCUGACAAGGGAUAUUUCAGCAAGGAUAACAGCUGAUGAAGUACUUAGUAAGUUUAUGGUAGAUUAUUAAUGUUUUGUAGCGUGCUUUAUCUCUCUUCCUCAAUGAUGAAUACACCAAAGACUAGUUGUAUUUGGUCUGAUUUUUUGUUUUUUAAUCUUGAAAUAAUUAAAAUUAGAAAUUUCCAAGUUUUGUUGAAAAGUAUCUUUGCCUUUCACAUGAAUUCUUAAUAAUUAGAAGGAUUGCCUUGUUUUGGUUGGGAUAACAGUGGUGGGAAUCUGUUAAUUCUCACAUACUUUUGUUAGUUUUUAUUAUGUGUUCUUCUAUGUGGUUGAGGCUCUCUUUUUCUCCCUAAUGUUUUUAAACAGGAAAUAAAAUGACAGUACUUUUAAGUUUUAAGAACUGUUCGAUUGUUUGCAUGUUAAAUUAAUAUUAUGUGGUUCAAUUUCAGGACAUCCAUGGAUAUCUUUCUACACAGAACGUACAUUGAAGAUCCUGCCCGUUGAAUCAAAGUUGAAGCACCAAAAUGGAGCUGCUUGCCACAACUUUGUUGCUGCACCUGAACCUAGGUUAGGAAGAAACAGGAUGGAUGAUGGGUUCCUUAAUGAGGUUUCAAGCCUUUCUUCAUCAUCUGAAAGUUGCAAUUCAGAAUAUCAUGAUGUUUGUGUGUGGAUUGAUGCACUUGCCAAUGCAAUUUCACAUGUAAGGAUAUCUGAACCAAAGAGGAGCAAGUUGUGGGCAGUUCCAAUUCAUCAGCAAGGUUUAUAUAACAUGAGGGCUAACCUCUGUAAAGCAUUUUGACCUACUGACAGGUUGACACCCCAUAAACCACUAUCUCUGCUGCUUUAGCUGGGGUUUUAUAGUAUACUUUGCCCAACACAUUCUACAGUUGGCAAAAGUGGAUUACAUUUUUUUCCUCUAAAUAAUGAUUACUGAGAAAACUCAGCUAGUUGUACAGAACCUGUGAAUAUGAUAUUAGU